GUAGAAUGGAGGAAAGUGUGGAAGAAAAACUGAAAGAGAAUAAGAGGGGAAGAAGACAGCAUCUUCCUAGGCAAUCAAAGAUCAACCAUAAAGUAGUUCAAGGUAGAGGGGGUUCCACUAAAAAUCUCUAAUGGGGGGUUUCUUUUGGAAUAUAAGAGGCUUCAACAAAUCUACAAAACAUGGAGUGGUGCGAAGCUGGGUGAGGAAUAAUAAUUUUCAGUUUGGUUGUCUUAUUGAAACUAGAGUAAAGGAGAAGAAAGCUAAGGAGAUUGUAUCAAGUGUGUUUCAGGGUUGGGAUUUCAUGGCAAACUAUGAGCAUAAUCAUUUAGGAAGAUUAUGGGUGGUUUGGGAGCAAUCAGUAAGAAUGACACCGGUCUACAAAAGUGAUCAGCUUAUUACUGUUUCAGUUCUGUUGCCGGGAGAGUCAGAAGAGUUUUUUUGUUCGUUUGUUUAUGCUUUGAAUACAGUGGAAGAGAGGAGAAUUUUGUGGGAGGAUAUUAAGAAUCACUACGAAGCGCCAAUGUUCAGAAGUAAGAGAUGGAUGAUUAUGGGAGAUUAUAAUGAGAUUCUGGAGGGUAAUGAGCAUUCGGGUUUUGAGAAUUUAUCUAGGAACCCAGUUGGUAUGAGGGAGUUUCAGGAGGUUGCAAAUUUCUGCAGAUUAACGGACAUGGGGUUUCAAGGUCCGUUACUCACAUGGUGCAAUAAGAGAGAAGAAGGAUUGAUUUGCAAAAAACUCGACAGAGUUUUAGUAAAUGAAGUUUGGUUAAAUAAGUUGGAUGCUUACUGUGUUUUUGAAGCGGGGGGUUGCUCUGAUCAUCUUCGCUGUAGAAUCCAGUUAGAGAAAGAAGAGGAGAGGAGAAGGAAACCUUUUAAGUUCACCAAUGCUCUUGCAAAGUUUCCGGAAUUUCUUCCUUUGAUUGAAGAUCACUGGAGAAAUCAUGAGCCUCUGUUCAAUUCAACAUCUGCAAUGUUUCUGCUAACUAAACGGCUUAAGACUCUGAAGCAGCCGCUUAGGGAACUAAGUAAACUAAAGUUGGGAGACUUAUCGAGAAGAACUAAAGAAGCAUACAACUUCCUAUAUUUGGAGGAAGAUUAUCUGAAGCAAAAAUCUAAACUACACUGGUUGGAUGUAGGUGAUGGGAACAAUAGAGUGUUCCACAAUGCAGCGAAAAUAAGAGAGGUUCGUAAUACAAUUCAUGAGAUUCAAUGCUCUGAUGGAAGGAUAGCAAAAAACAAAGAGGAGAUAAAGGUAGAAGCUAUCAAAUCACCAGGGCCUGAUGGUUAUACUUCAGAAUUUUUCAAAGAGUCUUGGGCAGUGAUUGGUGAUGAUAUUACGGUGGCAGUUCAGUCCUUCUUUGAUAAAGGCUUCCUGCCAAAAGGUAUAAACUCAACUAUAUUGGCUUUGGUCCCGAAGAAAUCAGAAGCGAAGGUGAUGAGAGACUACAGGCCUAUAUCCUGCUGUAAUGUCUUGUACAAGCUGAUAUCAAAGAUCUUAGCAAAGAGAUUAAAAGGGAUUCUUCCAAAGUGCAUCACUUGGAACCAGUCUGCCUUCAUAAAAGAGAGAUUGCUUAUGGAGAAUGUCCUACUAGCUACUGAGCUAGUGAAGGAUUAUCACAAGGAAACAAUCUCACCUAGAUGUGCUAUGAAGAUAGACAUCUCCAAGGCAUUUGACUCGGUGCAAUGGACGUUUCUCAUUAACACUUUGAAAGCUCUCGGGUUACCAGAGAGGUUCAUUCAUUGGAUUUCGCUCUGUAUAACUACUGCAUCCUUCUCAGUUCAAGUGAACGGCGAGCUAGCAGGCUACUUUCAAAGCAAGAGGGGUUUACGCCAAGGUUGUUCACUAUCUCCGUAUCUAUUUGUGAUAUGCAUGAAUGUUUUAUCAAGGAUGAUAGAUGAAGCUGCUAAGAAGGGUAAGAUUGGUUUCCAUCCAAAGUGUAAGAACAUAGAUUUGACGCAUCUAUGCUUUGCAGAUGAUCUUAUGAUCUUUGCGGAUGGAACGAAGAGAUCUGUUGAGGAAAUACUGCGAGUUUUUGAUGCAUUUGAUAAGAUGUCAGGUCUUCGAAUAAGUCUGGAGAAGUCUACAUUGUUCCUGGCAGGAGUCUCAGCCCAGAAGCAAGAUGAAAUCCUCAGUCACUUCCCUUUUGAAUCAGGUAGUCUCCCUGUGCGUUAUUUAGGUCUCCCACUUCUGACAAAGAACAUGACGGUCCUAGACUACAUGCCAUUGAUAGAAAAGAUCAGGAAGAGAAUUAGUUCUUGGACUGGUAGAUUUCUUUCUUACGCGGGUAGGCUCCAAUUGAUAAAGUCAGUAAUCACUAGUUUGGCAAACUUCUGGAUGGCAGCCUUUAGACUUCCUAGUGGUUGCAUAAAGGAAAUUGAGAGGCUUUGCUCUGCUUUUCUUUGGUCGGGAACGGAGUUAAAUAAUAGGAAAGCAAAAGUAUCGUGGGCAGAUAUAUGUAGUACGAAGCAAGAGGGAGGGUUGGGGCUAAGAAGACUGAAAGAAGUUAACACUGUGAGCUGCUUGAAGCUCAUAUGGAGAAUACUCUCUUCAAAUUCGAUGUGGGUGAAUUGGGUGAAGAUCUACUUGAUCAGGAAAAGCUCAAUCUGGAUGGUUAAGGAAAAUACACAAAGCGGUUCAUGGAUGUGGAAGAAGAUUUUGAAGUGCAGGGACCUUGCAAAAAGAAUGUAUAAAGUUGAAGUUAAAAAUGGGAAGAAGACUUCUUUUUGGUUUGAGAACUGGUCAUCAAUGGGAUGUUUGAAGGAUAUUUUGAGUGAUGGUAGCCGGAUUGAUUUGGGGAUCCUUUCUACUGCGACAGUAGAGGAGAGUUGGAGUCAUAGGCGAAGAUCUCACCGUGUUCUGAUUCUAAAUAAAGUGGAAGAUGAAAUAGUGAGAAGUAGAAGAAGUAGAGUGAACGAAGAGGAUGUUUCACUAUGGAUGAAUGGGAAAAGUCAGAGUAAAAAGAUCUUCUCCUCAAAGGAAACUUGGGAGUACAUAAGAGUGAAACAUCAGCUUUGUAACUGGCAUCAUGCAGUGUGGUUCAAGUAUUCAACGCCAAAGUAUUCAUUCAUUCUUUGGACGGCGAUGAAAGGCAGACUUGCAACAGGAGAGCGGAUGAGAAGUUGGAGUGGAAAUACAAAUGUGGCUUGUGUGCUUUGCAGUGAACCGUUGGAAACACUUGAACAUCUUUUCUUCGAGUGUGACUACUCUAGUCUGAUAUGGGAAGCUCUUAUGAAAGGUAUAUUGAAGGAUCAGUUCACGGUGAAGUGGGGAGAGUUAAUCAGAAUGAUGAGAGACUUGACACGAGGCAGAUUGCAUUUGUUCAUCUUGAAGUAUAUGUUUCAGGCGUCUGUAUACAUGUUAUGGAGGGAGCGCAAUCGAAGAAGACAUGGGGAAGUGGGAGUCCCUGCUGCUCUUCUGGUGAAGCUACUUGAUAAGAAUAUGAGGAAUAAAUUCACUUUGAUUCAGAGGAAAGGAGAUAGCGAGAUAGGGAGAGGAAUGCAGUACUGGUUUCAAAAUAGAUGA